CAAGUCUCCGGCUCGAGCAUUCCCAGCCGGAGCUGGAUACGUGAAGUGCGCGGCCUCACGGUCCAGGCAACUUGCGAUCAUGCCGGUCUUGGCAGCGGGCGCCGCGGCUGCGACCGCGGCCGCCGGGGGUGUGGCUACCGGCGCCUUCUCGUACAACCGAGCCAACUACCUCUUCGAUGCUGGCCUCCGAUUCUCCCGGUAUACCUCUGGAUACAACUUUGCCAUGGCGCAGGCCUCCCAGUACCGAGAAGACAUCCGCGACUUGACCGCCUUGACCGUCACAAAGAUGGACACCUACCAUGUCAUCGGCGUCAUUUUCUUCGUCCUGAACUUCCAGCUUAUCAUGGCUGGACGUCUCGGUGUGCACGGCCCGAGCCCGCCUGGGUACGUCAUGGGCUUGUACUGGGUCAACAUCUGCAGCGCCUUGAUGUUCCUGUGCGUCCUCAUUUGGUUCACUCUCCACGCAUCUGCACGUGCCACCGCGGGCUCGGUGCACAUGCUGACCCGCUCGGUACGUUUGCCCAUCCCAACACCGAAGCAGCUCGACAAGGCACGUCGCACCGGGAACAUGUUCGAGAAGCAGCGGGUCACCGACGUCUUCCGCGUGCCCUUCGUGGUGCCCGCGCCCAAAGAGGACACCGCCGAGACCCAAGCCGACCCCGCCAAGAAGGUGGCGGGUCCUUCUGGCACACGCAGGAUGCCCAAGUGGUUCCAGGACGAGCAGAAGGAGCUUCAUGCCAAGGGCACCCAGGCGGCCACGCGCAAUUCCCUGCCGGAGCACUUCGAGUUGUACCGCGGCUUGCAGCAAGAGUGGGCCGUCCAUGAUUGCUACGCCCGCAUCGGCAUCCUGUACUUCUUCUCGCACUGGAUGACCUCGGUGUCCCUCUACUCCCAGUGCCACUGCUUCGGUGAGCUUCGAGCAUUGUGGCCUGCCUGGAGCGUGACCCUCAUCUUCACCACCGCCCACUGGUGCCUGCUGAAGCUUGACAUCCAAGAGGAAUCCGACAGCCGCUUCCUGGCGAUGAUUCCCAUCGAGAACAUGCUGCCCUUCACCCCGGUCUUGACGGUGCUGGCGUUGAGUUUGGAUUACUCCGUGCUGACGCCCAACGACGGUUGGAUCGCGGUGAUCUACCUCAUCGCCUGGGUGCCCUACGUGAUCCACUUCCUUUGGGCUUUGAGGCUAUUCGAGCUCGCCAUGCCCCACCCACAGGCGGAUCCUCCGGAGAUCCCGGGCAAGCAAUGGACCCCGGGCGAUUGGAUGCUGCCUCGUGCGUUCAGCAGCACCGUCUACAUUGUCGCGCCGCCCAAGCAGAUCGAGCCUGGGAACACGUGCCUGCAGCAGGAGAUGAAGGCGGCGAAGGGCGCCAAGGGGGUGAACGUGCCCGUGAAGAAGUCCCGAGAGACCGCUCCGAUGCUCUACCCCUGGAAGCUCUUCCGCGGAGCCAUUAUCACCAACAUCUGCUUGUGGAUCUUCAUGAUGUUCGGCCGUGUUUUCGACCAGAUCCACGGAGAGCGGCAGCUCCUGAAGCAAGAGGGCCGUGUGAUGCGCUGGCCCUCCCACAUGCAACCCUGGAUGACCCCAUGGACGCGCAACGGUACUCGCAACGAGUAUGCGCACACAGGCGGCUCCGAUCGCCGUCUCAUGGAGCAGUUUGACUUCGAGCGGCAGGAUGAGAAGGUCUCCGCCAUGGCGGAGCGCCUCGCCGCGUCCCUGAGCUCGCUGGCGGAGGCGCUGGAGGAGCACGUGGAGCCUCCAAGCCAGCACGACGAGCCAACGGCCUUCGGAGAGGACCUGCUGACGGCCCUCGCCCGCGAAGGCCAUGGGGCCCACAUCCACUUGCCCAAGGAGGUGUCAGCGAAGUUGUCCGCGAAGAUCAACACAAAGUUCAUCCUGGAAGGCAUCGAGCACUUGGGCGAGCUGUUGGGCGCCUCCUGGGCACCUGAGGGCCUUUGGGCAUCUGAGGGCCUCAUGGUGGCCACCGACAGCGGGGCCGUGGCCGAGUGCAAGGGCAUGCCGAAGAACGGGCGCUGGCUCUGCAAGCAGGUGGCGGAGCGGCUGCCAGGGCACCUGAAGGCGGCGGCGGCGGUGCGGCUGCCACAGGGCACUUUGCGCGCGGCGGUGACCUUCCAGGAGGAAGAGGGCGUUCUGCUGCUGGAAGCCGACGUGUACGGCAAGGCAUGGACGCCUGCUGGGGAGGUGUCUCUGCCCCACGGCGAUCAUCGAUUCUCAUUUGACCGCGGAGGCGAAGAGCUGCUGAUCUCCUCCCCCCACGGAGCUUUGAAGUGGCCGCUUCACCUCCAGCGUCCAGCGGACGAGUUUCAACAGGAAGAGGCACCGUGAAGUCUGAAAGUGACUGGAACCCCUCAUGUACGGGGCAGACAAAAAAAUCCCGCAGCGGUGAGUUCGUCUUGAGGUGACUAUUGCCCAGAAAUGGGGCCAUAAGGAGCCAAACAUAGGAUUUCAGUGCAUUUUUUUCUCUCUUUCAAGCGCGCUGCGCUGCCAAAGAGGUGUCACUCGCAACUGGCGAUCGAUUGUUUGUGAAGAGUGCCCAUACCGAAAUGGAGAUCGGAC